AUGUUCUGUGUAAAUGACGUUAUGUUGUGCCCUUCUUAGUGCACUAUGUAGGGACUCGAGCGCUUAUGGAGAUUCAGCCAAGGAAUAACAGCUACGUUAGCAGAAUGGUCGUAGCUUCGGUUCGGACCUCGUUCUGGUUUUUUAAUUGAUUUUAUUUAACUCAACACAUUCAUUUGUAUUUAUGCAGCGAAAAACUAUGAAAGUAUGUAAGCAGUAUUAUUUUAUUGUUUUGGGUAUAUGACGUUUUCUUUGCUAGCUAAAGUGAGUUUUUUAAGCUAUGAUGUUAGCUAAGGUUAGCUAGCUAGUAACUAAAGUGGUUUGUUGUCAUAGCAUAAUUAGCUUAAUUAGCUUAGCGUUUUGGCUCCCUGUGAACAGUCAACGGACAUAUUCUGCCUACAAAGGGACUGAAGAACCGAAAACAUUGCUGUAAAUUAAUAUACACUUAGUUGAUCAUCUGAGUUUGCCAUGGAGUUCCCAGGUCAUAGUCAGCAGCUCUUGGCCAGUCUACGCUCUCAGCGUCUACAGGGAUUCCUGUGUGACUGCACAGUCAGAGUUGGAUCCACUCGUUUUCUGGCUCACCGUGCAGUACUGGCCUCCUGCUCACCGUUCUUCCACAUGUUUUACUCUGAACACCCAGUAGGCAGCAAGUCUACAGUAAACGGUGGUCCAGAGACAGACAGUGUCACCAUUAAUGGAGAUAUAGUGACCCCUCCGGCAUUCGGGUUGCUCCUCGAUUUCAUGUACGACGGAGUGCUACAGUUGGCAGCUCAUCCACCUCCGGAAGACGUUCUUGCUGCGGCCAGUUUCUUGCACAUGAAUGACGUGGUCCGUGUCUGUAAGAAAAGACUGCAGGGUCGCGGACUGGCUGAGGCUGACAGCACCAGGGCAGAAGAGGGAGCAAGUGAAACUGGGGGACAUGGAACAAUGUAUAGUGGGACAUCUAGGGAAGGAAGGUCAAAUGGCGAAAGGGAAACAGUGGAAAGUGGACUAGGAGCCAUCAGGGUUUCAGCAUCACACCCAGCCUUGUCUCCCUCAAUAACACAGUGUCCCCAGUCAAGCCAGCAUUCAGCAUCUCACACUGACACUAAAGUAGAGACAAACGUGGGAGUACCUAACUGCAUCACACACAGCAUUAAUCUAGGAAGUCCCGACAUGGCAGACACUACUCAACCAGGCAUGGACUCUCUUUCAGCAGUAAAUGAUUCUGGUCCAGGCUUGUACUGUUCUUCUCCUGGAUCUGCUCGGGCUGGGAUGUCAGCAGCUGCUAAUAUGGAGUCUACACUUUCAAGUCCUUGCAGCACCACAGAACCAGUUCAUACAGGAACAGAAACUCUGCCCAGUGCAUCCACUGUUAUGGUUCUGGUUCCUGUGGAGCACAGACGAAAUAGAGAUUCUAUUCAAGAAUCAAGCAAUGUGUUUAGGGUUGCCACAAAUCAUCCUGGUCAAAGCAAAAAACCCAUGUUAUUUCAACGUAAUGGACAUAGUGGAAGUGAUGACGUGAGACACGGUGCCAGAGGUUUAAAUGAACAGCCAACGCUGCGGUCAAGCUCCUGCUCUCCCACAGCCUUAUAUUCAGCAGGUAGAGAAGAUGGUAGUGAAGAGACAGCAAACGUGAAGGUGGAGGCCAUUGUAAUCUCUGAUGAAGAGCUAGAAGACAUUGAAGAUAUGCCAGUUCAGGUCAGAGAGCGAAGAACAGAGAGUGAUUUGGAAAAGAGAGAGAAUUACGAGAGCACUAAUGAUGUUGAGAUCACCAAUACUCACUUCAUACCUAGCCACACAUUGAUGCAGGUCCCCCAUAAUCACCAAGAGCCUCUCUCUUUUCCUUUUUCACCACAGGGUCCUAGUGCUUCCUCUUCUGACACACCCAGCUUCCCAUCUACACUCUUCACAGCAGCUUCUCAGCAAUCAGAGCAACAGACUAUCUACUUUGAGGAAUAUCACGAUUCUCUUGGGAAUUAUGUAGAGGAUGUGCCUACAUGUGCCACUUGUGGAAAGACAUUUUCUUGUGCGUAUACACUGAGAAGGCACGCAAUAGUGCACACACGUGAGCGUCCGUAUGAAUGCCGAUACUGUUACCGGAGUUACACACAGUCAGGAGAUUUGUACAGGCACAUAAGGAAGGCACAUGAUCAAGAUUUGCCAAUGAAGCGCAGCAGGACAGAAACUGACCCUCCUCUAUCACCACCUCUUCCUCAGCCACCUCAAACAUAACGUGGUCAGUCAUACCGCACAGAGUACUAAAGCUAUUGCAAAGGAUAAAAUUGUGCACUUGAAUCUUUGUGUUGUUUUUACAGGUUGUGUUAACCAAUUUUGCAAAGGACUGAUAUAGUUAGCCUUUAGUGUCUAAGUGAGCAUUUAUAGCUAAACUUAACCUGCCAUUGGAUAGCAUUAUGUCCAAAAACAGUCCGUUCCUUUCAGGACAGAUCAUAAUCCAAAUCACUGAUUAUGUGCUCAGUGUAGAUACAAACAGAAUAAGUUUUUUAAAUAUUUUUAACAGAAAGUAUUGGAACAGCCAGGCCAAUUAUUUUCUGUACACUGGAGACAUUUGGGUUUGAAUGAGCUGAUAUUUCUUUUCCUUCUAUUUACAUCUUGAUGUGAUAAAUAAGGUAGGACAUGGCACCUUGUGUUUGAACAAUGGCCAUGGACAUUUUUUGAAGGGUACAAAAAUAUUAGAACAUCUGACUGUUGCCCAGUCGUGUCCUGUUAGAUUUAUAUUUAUUAUUUAUUUAUUUAUAACACUAAAUAGAUCUAAAGCACUUGUGAUGACUGCUUUUUUUGUUAAAAAUUAUAAUCCAGCAUGCAGACCAGAGAGCUGUCUAUGAAAAUCAAGUCGUUUUGAAGCUGAGAACAGAGGGAAAAUACAGCAACGUGGAAUGUCCAGAAGAUGAAUAAAACUAGUUGAAUACUAACAACCAGACACUAAACAGGACAGCCAAGGAAAACAGCAGCAGCUGAUGACAGAAACAUUACGAGAGCUGUGAAGAUAAACCCCUCACAGCAGUUGGGGACACAACCAACAAUCCACCAUUCAAAAAAGACUUUGAGAGCAGAAAUAAAGCGGCCACAUUAUUGGAUGGCUGCUUUUGGAACAGAAAGAAUGAAUAUACAUGUUUACAGAACCUCAUAAUGAUCCAAAACACACUGACAACACAAUUAAGUGCUUCAUCAGGGGAAAGUGGGAGGUUUUACACUGGCUAAGUCAAUCAAACAGACUAUAACCCAGUUGAGCAGCAUUUCACCUCCUGAAGAGGAGACUGAAGGGAGAAACCACCCAAAACAACUGAAAGAAGCUGUGAUACAAGAUUAGAAAAGCAUCACAAAAGAAUAAAUCAAGUGAUAUGCUAACAAAGGUGCCUUGUUCUAAGUAGUUUAACACAUCUAGAUGUAAAUGUCAGGAAAUUCAGAUUUUAUAUAUAUAUAUAUAUAUAUAUAUAUAUAUAUAUAUAUAUAUAUAUAUAUAUAUAUAUAUUUUUCCAUACACAGAAAAUGCUGUUCCAAUAUAGGAAACAAGGUUAACACCUACAUUGAGGAACAUGAUCAUUUGAAUAGCAUCUUCCCUGUAUUGCUUUAAGUAAUGUAAUGUACUGUUUUGACCUGUUUUUAAAAAAGCCAAAUUCCCCUUCAUUGAAAACACUAUUUGGGGUAAAUAGUGUACCUCACUCUGUUAUGUAAAUGUAAUAAAACUUUUAUCUUA